CCUCACAUCACGCAUCAACCUAUAGACAUGGACUACCGGCGGGAACCACGCGAAAACAACAUAGUAUUUGUAGGCAACGUGCCCUUCGACACAACCGAAGAGCAGCUAAUCGGCAUCCUCCGGCAAGCGGGACCGGUGACCGAAUUCCGGCUCGUCUUCGAUCGUGAAAGCGGCAAACAGCGUGGAUUCGGAUUCUGUGAAUAUGCCGAUAUCCAGAUUGCUGCCAGCGCAGUUAAAAACCUCUCGGGGACACUAGUAGGCGGGCGGCCCAUGAAGCUGGAUUUUGCUGAGCGCGAGGUGAUCCGUCGACACUUCAACACCGACGGGCUGUCGCUUAGCGGCGCACCGGGGUCUGCACAGCUGCCGCCGCCGCCGAAAAAGGUAGAUGUGGAGACGGUGAAUGAGGUCGUAGGGCCGUUGAAUGAGCAGCAGAAGAGCGAGCUGAUUGCGCAGUUCCAGACCUUCGCCAAGCGCAACCUGCAUGUGGCCAGGCGCGAGCUAAUGGAAAAUCCGGCACUGGCUCACGCAUUGUACUGUGCGCUGGGGUCGCUGGACCUGGCGAGCCCGGAGGACUUGAAGCGCGCGGUGCGCGGGGCCGGCAGAUCGGGGUCGACAGGCUCGGUGCCGCGGUACCCGCCGCCGCCCAUGGCCACAAUGCAGCCGGUGCCAGCCCAGUACCCGUCACAACGGCCGCCGCCGCCGCCGCCCAUGCCGGUGGUAGGUGGGGCAGCCCCGAUUUCAUUGCCAAAGCCACAGAUUCCCCAAGCCAGUGCACCCGAGAUUGACAAUGAGCAGGUUAUUAACCAGCUGCUGAGUCUGACGGACGAGCAGCUGGCGCAGCUGCCCGAGGAGCACCGGAUCAAGAUCAUGGAGCUGCGGAGCCAGUUCCAGGCAUAACCAGGGGGCUUUCUAGCACAAGUCACUCAAUUGAUAUUAUACGGCCAUAACAUGCGUCACUACUGGCAUACGUCAAUGGCCUGCUACGAACGAAAAAAUAAAA